UGUCCUAAUGAUGAGGUGAGCAAACAGCUCCUGCAGCUGAUGUCACUGACCCCGCAGCUGAGUCAGCACAGACCCUCGGUUCUGCGCAGGGCCACCCAUCUGUUUCCCCAGGAUCUGUCUCUUCUCUCUUCCAGUAGGACAGCAAGAUCUGCUGCUUCAAAUCAGUCUGUUUGGCCGGACCAGGGCUCAGCACACACUUCUGACCUCAUCUCGGUCUGCAAAGUGGAGACCAGUGAUGGUGCCAAAGUUUCUCCUACUAUGGCAGAUUGUCCCCUUCAGCAAACAAGUCACAGUAUAGCCAAGGCCAGCUCAACUCACAGCACUGCUCAAUCUGGACUGGGGAGUUUAACUGCUCUGUUUGUAAACGGACUCUGCCGAUGGCCAGGCUGUGAAGAGAUGUUUGAAGAAAACUCUAAUUUUCUGAAACACCUCUACAGAGACCAUGGCCGUGGGGACAGAAGUAUUGCUCAGUGGCGAGUGCAACAAGACAUGGUGCAACAUAUGGAGACUCAGGUUGGUCCUUGAAAAACAAAUGAACCAGGGAAGAAGGAUCCUCUCUGUUGUGAGCUUGUGUAAUCAGGGUAGGCAGCAUGAGCACUGCACCGUCAUGUUUAUUUGCAUUCACCUUUCUAGAACACUAAUAGGAAAGGUGACAGGAUGUUGUACUUUUCUUGCUCAUUGUGUGGCAUUUUGUGUACAUGCCCCUCUAUUUUGUGGGCAUCAGAGGUUGAUUGGGACAGGCAUUGAAUGCCACUGC